AACUAAAAGACAAUUUAAAUGACAGUAGCUGGACAGUGGUUUUUGCAAGUCAAACCAGAAAAAAACGACGCGUUUUGAAAUCUUUUUUUAUUUAUUUUAUAACAGUGAUAAGGAGGAAAACGACACCAUCAUUGUUUAGUUAUUGUAAGAGGGUUAAUGGAAUGUGCCAGAUUUCUGGAAAGAGGAAAAAUACCCGGAUUGAGCCCAGAGAGAAUACAUUCGGCUGGAGGAAAAGUGAGCAAACUGUGAAAAGACCCUCCUCCGCCACGUCUGAACCUGCCCCGUCAGUUCCUUUCAGCUCAAACCCCGCGGAAGAAAUCGGAAGAAAGAAUCCUGCAAUGGUGCCCAUUUCUCCUGUUCCUCUCAUGUUUCUGCUAGUUUUGGCUCUGCAGAGCGUCUGGUCAUCUGCUCCACAGGAACAUAAAGUUCAAAGCUCGCCUCAGCCAGAAAUCUCCAGCUUACAUCAUCCCACAUGGAGCCUGGGGCUGCAGCUGUAUAGGUCUCUCCGCAUCGAUGGUUCCCAGACCAACACCUUCAUCUCCCCACUUCUGUUGGCCAACUCCCUGCUGGCUCUUGAGGGUGGAGCUAAAGGAUCCACAGCAGGCCAGUUUCAUGAUCUCCUGAUGAUCACCAAACACGAUAAGGCUGUUGGAGAAGCUUUGACCAAGGCACUGAAAUCUGUGCAUGAAGCUAAUGGAACCUGCUACACAUUUCACAGUUCUUCUGCUCUGUUUUCCAAACAAGUCCCAAGACUGGAGAAGAGCUUUCUGGAGAAGCUCCAGACCCACUUUGGUUUGCAGCAUGUGGCCCUGGAGGAUGCACAGAAACAAACUGAUAUGGAGAAGCUCAAGUCCUGGGCUAAAAGUGGGAUGGAUGGAGAAGAGACAGCAGAUCUGGAGCUGGCACUGGAGACCAAACCUGGAGCCAUGAUCCUGGCCAAUGCACUGCACUUUAGAGGAUUUUGGGAUCGGGGCUUUUACCAUGAAAACCAAGAUUUGCGUAGCUUCUUAGGUACAAAAUACACCAAAGUUCCCAUGAUGCACAGAUCAGGUGUAUACCGUCACUAUGAAGACAUAGAGAACAUGGUACAGGUGUUGGAACUGGGCCUGUGGGAAGGAAAGGCCAGCAUGGUGCUGCUUUUGCCCUUCCAUGUGGAGAAUUUGGCUCGGCUGGACCGUCUGCUGACCCCUGAUCGGGUGGAGAAGUGGUUGGAGAAACUGAACUCCACAAGUGUAGCAUUAUCUCUCCCGAAAACCAAGAUAAGCAGCACGGUCAAUCUACAGAAGCAGCUAGCCGCAUUGGGCCUGGUAGAUGCGUGGAACGAGACAUCAGCAGAUUUCUCCACUGCAUCAAGCUUGGGACGGGGGAAGCUUCACUUGGGAGCCGUGCUGCAUUGGACGUCCCUCGAGCUGGCCCCUGAGUCCGGCAGCAAGGAUGGUAUGGAUGAGGAUGUGGACAAGCCAAAAAUCUUCUAUGCAGAUCAUUCCUUCAUUAUACUAGUCAGGGACAGCAGCACUGGGGCAUUGCUCAUGAUAGGUGCACUGGACCAGACUGAUGGUCCUGCAAUUCACGACGAGCUGUAGAACCAAAAUACUUCACCCUCUGGCACUGACAGUUGGCUUCAGAGCCAAAAUGGCUGACCUACGGGUAUUGACAAUAAACUGACCUUCUUAUCCAGUGCAAAUCCACUGUCUUUCACCUACUGGUCUUGUGCUGACACAUGUUAUGUUUUACUUACAGAUAUGAAAGAGCUUAGGAUAGGAUGAUGUGUAGACCUGACCUGAAUCUGCACUCACAGAAUUUUAAAGAAAGCAUUGCUGAUUGCCUGUAAAUGACUGUAUAUUAGUACCUUCUAGCCUGUUUGUAUUUGCCUUAACAAUUAGUGAUUGUUUUGGGUCAAAUUAAAUGGAUUGAAAUUUGAAUUUAA